AUGAGAGACCCUAAUUUCCCUGCCUGCUCACUGAAUGGGCAAUAUGUGGAAGGCUACAUGCAAGAAGGGGACAUCAUGAUUGGCAUUCUAAUAGAUAUUUUUGCUUUACGUUGUUUCUGCCCGGCAGACUUGAAAUUUGGCCCUAAGAAAGAGAAAAUCGUAUUUUCACUUUCUUCCCUCCAGCUUUAUCGUCACCUCCAGGCCGCCAUUUAUGCAAUUGAGGAAAUCAACAAGAGUCCAAAUAUUCUACCGAACAUGACCUUGGGAUUUCAUAUCCAAGAUUCCUGGGCAAAUGAGAAAAAAGCAAUUAGCAGUAUAUUUAGUAUGCUGACAGGGAGCAAUAAUUAUGUGCCUAACUACAGGUGCACCCAGAAAGGGAUUUCCACUGCAUUCAUAGGGCACCUACUGUCUUCAGUAUCAAAUGCCAUGUCUCAGCUUACUGGUUUAUAUGGAUUUCCACAGGUGAGUUACGGAGCUGUGGAUCCUACAUUCAGUGAUAGAAUCCGCUUUCCAUAUUUCUACCGGACAGUGCCAAGUGAAACUGCCCGGUUUAAAGUAGUCAUCCAGCUCAUCAAGAUGUUUGGUUGGAACUGGGUAGGAAUUAUAACAUCUAAUGAUGAAAGUUACCAAAAGAACAGUGAAGACAUGAGGAAUGAAAUCCUUAAGAAUGGAAUAUGUGUAGCAUAUCUAUUUAAGAUUGCUGAAAAUGAUUAUCGGACUCUAGUAGUAGCUAGGCAAACCAUAAUACAGUCAACCGCCAAUGUUGUUAUACUUUACAGUAGAUUCACCAUCUUGCUUAAUAUGUUCGUCCAGAUGAAUGACACCAGAAAUCAUGUAUGGCUGAUGCUAUCUCCUUUGUCAUCGGCUUUAGGGGGCCUCAAUUUAAAUAUAUUUAAUGGGUCCCUUGUAGUGUACUUUCAUCAUGAAACUAUCCCAGGUCUGAAGGACUUUCUUUACAAGGCUAAUCCUUUGAGGUUUCCAAAUGAUCCAUUCACUGCUGCAGUUUGGUUAGAGAUAUUUGCAUGCAAUGCCUUUUCUAAUUCAUCUUUUGCGUUUUAUGAAAAAUGCAAUGCCAAUCAUACCCUGAAGCAAUAUGAGAGCUAUGGAUAUGACGUGUAUAACUUCAGAGUAACAUACAGUAUGUACAUUGCUAUAUAUGCCGUGGCCCAUGCACUUCAUUCUAUAUAUACUGAUAAAACCAGUGGUGGAACUAUCUUGUAUUCUGAUAAAACAACAUAUGGACUGAUGCCAACACAGUUAAACCACUACCUGAAGAAAAUCCAUUUUAAAACACCUUCUGGGGGUGACAUUUCCUUUAACCACAAAGGUGAAGUUCUGAGGCAUUUUGAUAUACUUAACUGGAACAUUUUCCAUAAUGGAACAGUAGCUGAAAGACAAGUUGGGACCUUCAUUUCAUCUUCAAUUCCAGAACUUGUCAUGGAUAAAGAGGCUAUCUUUUGGGCUCCUCGAUUUAAUGGGAUCCCUACUUCACGUUGUAGUGCCAGCUGCUCACCAGGUUAUAGAAAAUCUCUCAUGGAAGGAAAACAUAUUUGCUGCUAUGACUGUGUUAAGUGCUCAGAAGGGGAAAUAUCCUCAGUGCCAGAUAUGGAAACUUGUAUAAAAUGUCAUGAAGACCAAUGGUCCAAUGAGAAAAGAAGUAAAUGCAUCAUGCGCACUAUUGACUUUCUCUCUUAUCAGGACAUUCUAGGUUUGGCCUUAACCAUCGUUGCUCUGUUUUUGUCUUCCUGCACAUCUGCAGUUUUUUACAUCUUCAUAAAAUACAGAAAAAGCCCCAUUGUGAAAGCCAAUAAUCAAGAGCUCAGUUACAUUCUUCUUCUUUCCCUCCUGGUGUCCUUCCUUUGCUCCUUACUAUUUAUUGGAAGACCUACUAAAGUGUCCUGUUUAUUGAGGCAAGCUGCAUUUGCGAUUGACUUUGCUAUUUGUGUUUCUUCCAUUUUAGGAAAAACUGUCACUGUUAUUAUUGCCUUUAAGGCCACUAGACCUGGAAGCAGACUCAGGAACUACGUUGGAGCUAGGGUUCCUAAAUAUAUUCUUAUAUUAUGUACACUUCCUGAGGUUUUUAUAUGUUCAUUCUGGCUCAUAAUCUCUCCACCUUUCCCUGAAAAUGAUACUCGCUCUGGAAUAGGGAAGAUCAUUUUGCAGUGCAAUGAGGGAUCAACAGUUGCAUUCUAUUGUAUGUUUGGCUAUAUUUCCUUUUUGGCUUUUGUAAGUUUCUUUGUUGCUUAUCUUGCCCGUAAAUUGCCAGCCAUAUUUAAUGAAGCACAAUAUAUAACCUUCAGCAUGUUACUGUUCUGCAGUGUGUGGAUCUCCUUCAUCCUGGCCUAUGUGAGCACCAAAGGCAAAUAUUUAGCAGCAGUGGAGAUAUUUUCCAUCCAUAUUUCCAGUGCAGGACUUCUUGUCCUCAUAUUCAUCCCUAAAUGUUAUAUUAUCAUUAUUAAACCAACAUUAAGCACUAGAGGUCAUUUAUUAGAAUACAACUAUAAUUAG